UUUAUUGCUGAAUGUUUGUUGACAAACUCUCUCCAGACUGUUCCUGAAGUUUUGAUCAUGCUUGAAGAAAUUCGAACCAUUUUUGCCUAUGUUGACCUUAAAACCUUUGUCAAUCAAAACCAACGAUACAUUUUGCCAUAUUUGAUUUCAAAAGAAACUGACCAUUCAGAUGUUCUACUCUCUGCUUUGUCAACAGUUUUGCAUACCAAUAGAAGUGACCUAUUGAUCAACAACUUUCCUUUUAUUUUUUCUCAUUUUGUUCGUCACUGCAGCAAAGGUGAACUGGAAAAAGCACUUAUUUUCAUCCAAAGAGAAACAAAUCUGGACCUUGGAAGUUUAUUAAGAUGUAAUUAUCAGCUUAUUCACAAUGAGCUUCUGCUGCAUCUCAGCACACACUAUGAGCAGGUCUUCAGUGGUUUGUCGAUUUUGGCUGUCAAGAGUGGUAACGUCAGGAGUGCUGAUGCUGUCAUAACGCACUCGGAAGAUAUGGCAGAUUAUCUACAGCCUAAACUGCUGGGAUUCUUGGUGUUUUUCGAUACUCAAAUGCUGAAAAGUGCUUUGGAAGAUAAGAAAUUGGCACUGGAAAGCUUAGUUUCCAUUAUGAAGCUUAUGGGUAGACGUGCAAUUACUGCUGUUCGCUUUAAAUUGAUGGCUACUCUGAGAAUUGCUCUAAGAUUCAAAGAUGGAAAUUUCCCACUGAUCUGUUGUAAAGCUUGGAACACGUUUGUUCAUAGCAUUGAUAUCACCUACUUAGGUCCACUCCUGAAUCAAAUAAUUGUCGCCCUUCUUCCUCUUCUUGAAUGUGAACCAAAAGCUGCAUCGGAGAUUUUUCAUUUUCUAAUAAUUGAAAAUAGGCCAUACUUAUGUGAUUUUUUCCACGAUUUAUAUUUUGUUCCUGAUAUUCCUGAGCUUCAAGAAAUUAAUGCAGUUCUUAAGGAUUACAUAGAAAAUCCUUCAAACAUAACUGAUUUCUACUCAUUACUCUGUCAUUCGUUAAAAGGCAUUAGUCAUGAGAAUUUGGAGGUGCGCUUGCAUGCUCUGCAGAAGUUGAAACAAGUUCUCGAAGCCAAUCAGAUGGCCAUCAAUGAACAUCUUUUGGGACGAGAAAAUGUUGAUAAUCUGUUAUCACAUCUUGUUGCUAGUCUCAUAUCUGGGUGCCGUGAAUCAGAUUCUCGAAUUAGACUGUCUUUAGGUGAAUGUCUUGGUGAACUUGGAGCUAUUGAUCUUGGGAGGUUAAAUAUAAAAAGUGCCAACUCUAAUGAAACUUCGGACAAAUUCUACAGUAGUAUAGAUGACGAAAACUUUGCUUAUGCAUUAGUUCAAGAACUUGUUCAUUCAUUUUUAGCAGCAGAUGAAUGUGGAAUACAGGAUUGUUCUGCUUGUGCUAUUCAAGAAGUUUUGAAAUUUUAUAAAUGUUCAGAUGAGAAAGGUGGGAAUUAUCUGUGGAAGAAGUUUUCUCCUGACAUCCAAGAAAUAUUAGCUGUUUUGUUUCAUUCACAGUACAAAUCCUUGCAAAGAUCUCGUAAGAAAUUACCUGUUCCAAUUUAUCAGAGCAAAUACGGCAGCACAUUCCAGGAAUGGACAAAGAACUGGUUUUACAGUCUUCUUCAAAAGGUUAAGAAAGAAAAUCCUUUGAAAUUGUUCCAUUCGUGCUCUAUCAUCAUCAAAUAUGAUCUCAACUGUACAUUAUUUCUUCUUCCUCAUUUAGUUAUUUAUGCUUUACUAGAUUCAAGUGAAACUGAACAAGAUGAAAUUUGCUCUGAAAUUUUAGCUGUGCUAACUCAUAGUGAAACAUCUGGUUCAGUAAGCGACUUAUGUCAGUUAAGUUCCCAGACAAUAUUUUCUGUACUUGAUCAUUUAUCGAAGUGGCUUAAUCAUAUACAACAACAAACUCUCUCUGAAUUCCAGAAUCCUAAAGCUUAUGGUAAGUUGCAUGUGUCUUUUGUAGUUAUGAAACUUUCACAAGAUAAAUGUUAUUUGGCUGUGAAAAGUUGCUUGACAAAAAUUCCGCAAAUCUUAUUGGCAAAAUCAUCUUUUGCAUGCAAGGCUUAUGCACGAUCUUUGAUGCACUUGGAACAGUACCUAAAAAAUCAUCCUGAUGACUUGGAGAACAACACCAGUUUUAUUCAGAAAAUUUAUACUGCUUUGGAUGAACCUGAUGGAGUUGCAGGAGUGGCUGCGAUAAGAAAGAAGGAAACUUCUCUAAUGGAUUUGAUUCUUGAAAAUGAAGCUAUUGGGGAUAUGCAGGGUGCUUUUGCUUGUUAUGAAAAAGCCAUUAAAUUGUAUCCUGAUGAAGUAAACUACUACUGUGGCCUUUUGAAAUGCUUUUUAGGCAUGGAUCAACCUACUACUGCAGUUUCAUAUGCCAAUGGAAUUCUAAGUGAGAAGCCUGAAUGGAAUGAGAAACUUAACCAGUACAGAAUAGAAGCAGCUUGGAAAUUAGCAAACUGGCAAAGUUUGGAAUCAUUUUUGCAAGGGGAAAGUUGUGACUCUGCAUGGGCAGUGGGUGUUGGAAACUUGCUUCAUCUUGCAAACAACAAGGAUCUAGAUGGAUUUCAUAAGCUUUCUAACACAAUUAGAAGUAGUCAAAUGGCACCGUUGUCUGCUGUCUCAAUGGAAAAAGGUUCUUACUUAAGAGGUUAUGAGUAUUUAACAAGAAUGCACAUGUUAACUGAUCUUCAGUAUUCUGUGAAAACUAUUUUCAAUUUGUAUGAAAAUGAAGAUUUAACUGCACAAACAAACACACUCUUCCAUGAAAUUUUACCUGUACUAAAAGUGCGAGGACUUCUAAUACAAUCUUCUCCUAGAUAUCAAGAACCAGUAUAUGACCUUCAUCGUGUGCUUUUAAAAAUUGGCAAAGAAAAAUAUCCGAAAAUGGCACGAAAAUUCGACCAAGAGAUCUCAAAUUGUUGGCUGAAGAGUGCUAAAAUUGCAAGAAAAAGUGGCUGUCACCAGAGAGCAUACAGCUGUCUUCUUGAAGCUGGUGUGAUAAAAUCUGCUGAUUUAUUUAUAGAAAAAACAAAGUGGCUGUGGGAUAAAGGGGAAAAAGAACAAGCAAUUUAUUGUUUGCAGAAAGGAAUUACUGAGCAUUUUCCUUCAGUCCAAAUGGCAGAACAUCUUGUAGAUGAGCAACAACUAAUGCUUGCUAAA